AUGUCAACUCACGUAAAAGAUGUAUCCGAUAUCCCUGCUCAGGAUAGACAGAGCCAACCCGGUCUUCAGGCAGACAUGGAUCCCCACCCAAUUGCAUAUGAUCUUGUGGGUGGCGAUGGUCAUUUUGAGCCAUACAAGGCAGCAGGAAAGCUAAGUGGCAAAAAGGCCCUUAUUACUGGUGGUGAUUCUGGAAUUGGUCGCUCUGUCGCAUUUUUGUUUGCAAAGGAAGGCGUUGAUGGUCUCACCAUCUUUUACCACCCUAGUGAAGAAAAGGAUGCUGCGGACACAAAGCGUGACAUCGAAAAAGAGUCCAAGUGCAAGGUCAUCACAUUUGCACUUGAUAUCGGAAACGUAAAUGAAAUCAAAAAGGGAAUCGACACUCAUGUCAAGGCCUUUGGACACAUUGACAUUCUCGUCAACAAUGCUGCCGAACAGCAUGUGGUGGAGAAUAUUGUUGACAUUCCUGAAGAUCAGGUCGAGAGAACCUUCAAGACCAACAUCUUUGGUCAAAUCUUUACCACCAAGUAUGCUGUACCACACAUGAAGGAAGGAAGUUCAAUCAUCAACACAACCUCGGUAACUGCCUACCGUGGCUCGGCCAAGCUGAUUGACUAUUCAAGCACAAAGGGAUCCAUCGUUGCAUUUACUCGAUCGCUUUCACAGCAGCUUGCACCCAAGAUCCGAGUAAAUGGUGUUGCGCCAGGACCUAUCUGGACCCCAUUGAUCCCUGCUUCCUUUAGUCCUGAACAAAUGAGCGACUUUGGCAAGAAAGUACCCAUGAAGCGUGCCGGACAGCCUAGUGAAGUUGCUACCUGCUACGUAUUCUUAGCCGGUCCUGAUUCAAGCUACAUGACCGGUCAGGUCCUUCAUCCCAACGGCGGUGAGGUCAUCAACGGAUAA